AACCAUCGAAUCUCAUCUGUGCUACUUGAUCAAAUCGAAUCAAUGGCGGUGCUGAAGGCGGCGAGCACGACGGCGGCGCCGGCGACCACCAAGCUAGGCCCGGCGGCGUGCGAGAAGGACGCCGAGAAACUCGCGUUCAUCGAGGAGAUGACGGUGAACGUCGACAAGGAGCAAGAGCGGGUGCUGGCUGAGAUCCUGACGCAGAACGCCGAAACAGAGUACCUGGGCCGGUACGAGCUCCGAGGCGCCACCGACCGCGCCACCUUCAAGUCCAAAAUUCCGAUGGUCACGUACGAGGACCUUCAACCGGAGAUCCAGAGGAUCGCCAACGGCGACCGCUCCGCCAUCCUCUCCGGCCACCCCAUCUCGGAGUUCCUAACAAGUUCGGGGACGUCGGCCGGUGAGAGGAAGCUGAUGCCGACCAUCCAAACGGAGCUCGACCGGCGGCAACUCCUCUACAGUCUUCUGAUGCCUGUUAUGAACCCGUACGUGCCGGGAUUGGACAAGGGGAAGGCGCUCUACUUCCUGUUCGUGAAGUCGGAGAGCCGGACGCCUGGGGGCCUGCCGGCGAGGCCGGUGCUCACUAGCUACUACAAGAGCGACCACUUCCGGUCGCGCCCGUUCGACCCCUACAACGUCUACACGAGUCCCACCGCCGCUAUCCUCUGCGCCGACGCAUUCCAGAGCAUGUACACGCAGAUGCUCUGCGGCCUCAUCGAUCGCCUUGCCGUCCUCCGUGUCGGCGCUGUCUUCGCCUCCGGUCUUCUCCGAGCUAUCCGCUUCCUCCAGCUCCACUGGCGCGACCUCGCCGCCGACAUCUUUGCCGGCGUCCUCACUCCCAAAAUCACCGACCCCGCUAUCCGCGAGGCGGUGGCAGAGCUCCUGAGGCCCGACCCGGCGCUCGCGGAGUUCAUCGAGGCGGAGUGUGCGGGAGGCGACUGGGCCGGGAUCGUGAAGCGGAUCUGGCCCAAUACCAAGUACCUAGACGUGAUUGUGACGGGAGCGAUGGCGCAGUAUAUUCCGACACUGGAGUACUACGGCGGCAGGCUGCCGAUGACGUGCACCAUGUACGCCUCGUCGGAGUGCUAUUUUGGACUCAACCUCCGGCCGAUGUGCAAGCCCAGUGAAGUUUCCUACACCAUCAUGCCUAUGAUGGGCUACUUCGAGUUCCUUCCCCACGAGGAUGGCUCCGCCGUCGGUGGCGGAGCGGCGCCGCAGCUCGUCGACCUGGCCGACGUCGAGGUCGGUAAGCAUUAUGAGCUUGUUGUCACCACCUACGCCGGCCUCUGCCGCUAUCGCGUCGGCGACAUUCUCCAGGUGACGGGGUUUCACAACGCGGCGCCGGAGUUCCGGUUCGUGCGGAGGAAGAACGUGCUGCUGAGCAUCGAGUCAGACAAAACCGACGAGGCGGAACUGCAGGCUGCGGUGGAGCGGGCAGCGGCGCUUCUGCGGCCGUGGGGAACGACGGUGGUGGAGUACACGAGCCAGGCGGAUACGAAGGUCAUUCCGGGGCAUUACGUCAUCUACUGGGAGCUGCUGGUGAAGGAAGGGGAAGGGGGGCACUGGCCGCCGGCAGAGACACUGCAGGCAUGCUGCCUGGAGAUGGAAGAGGCGAUGAACACGGUGUACCGACAGAGCCGGGUGGCGGACGGCUCCAUCGGGCCGCUGGAAAUCAGGGUGGUGGGCGGCGGCACGUUCGAUGAGCUCAUGGACUACGCGCUCUCCCGGGGCGCCUCCAUUAACCAGUACAAGGUCCCACGCUGCGUCACCUUCCCACCCAUUAUCGAUCUCUUGGACUCCAGAGUCGUGGAGGCCCACUUCAGCCAGAGCUGCCCCAAUUGGGCCCCCAUUAACAACAAGCUUAUAAAUUAAAAUGUUCGAUUAGGUAGUAUGUAUAAAUAAAUAUAAAAUGUAGCGGAUAGGAUUAGGAUUAAAACGGUGUCAACGGCGAAGAAUAACAAAAAAAAAUGGCAUGCCAUCACCCGUCGAUGACUUCAGAAUAGGAUCGAUCCAUCACUAUCUCUCUGCUCAGGUUAUUUGUUCGGAAGUGUAAUGUAGUUAAUUAUAUAUAUCUGUAAUGUGUUAUUAAAAUGUUGGUUUCUCACUUCAA